CGGCUUCUCGCGCGUGUCUAUUACUACUCGUUGCGUACUACUACGUACGUACGCGUGCACGUACGUCCGUUGUUCUCACGCACGAUCCUCCUUUCUUUUUUUCCCUCGUUCCGAUGUUACAGUCCCGCGCAGAUCCGCCGGUCGUAUUCCGUGGAUACGUGCGACAACAAUGCAGGAGGAGGACGACGGCGACGAGGAGGAUGACGACGACGGGUGUCGAGUCGUUGCCCGAGCGUGCAAGAGGAAAAGAGAAAGAAGGGAGUGAGAACACGAGAUAUACACUCGCGGCCAUUUUACCCGUGCGCUGCACUAAGCCGGGCCACCCAGUGUGUAAUACGAGAGAGAGAGAGAGAAAGAAAGAGAGAUAUGUGUGCCCGUGCCACCGUCGUCAUCGUCAUCGUCAUCGUCCACCGUCACCGUCGCCGCCGCUGCCACUACUCUUUAGUCGCCUCGAACUGCGUCUGUCGCUUGCGCGCCUCGCUUCUGCGCACGCGAACUGGUUGCAUAUCGCGCACUAGCCGCGGCGUCGUUUUGCGUCUUUCGCUCGCCAAUCGCUCGUUCACUUUCUCGAAAUUGCGAGGUGAAAAACAUUCGAUGACACGCGGACGGCGAGGACGUGGGAGCUCGCGAGACACGAGGUGGCCGGCGUACUCGGUCGUGGCUUGCCGGACGCGUUGCGGGUGUCAGUUUCGGAUAUUGCUACGGUCUCGCGAUGUGAUCCUAUGAAAACACUCGAGGAGGAGACGCGCGCGUCGUUGGCCGCGACGCGGAACGACGCACGAUGACAGGACUGACUCACGAAGCUGGGUGAAAGUGUCAUCCAUCGAGAGAGGCAACGCGGGAGAACGCCGAGUAAAGGCAAAUGGUCGGCCGUAUAUUGGUGGAAAUGUUUCGUGCUGCAGUAAAUAAUAAGAUAACACUAGUUGUUGAAGAAGUUAUACAGAAUGUACGAUACAUUGUCUAUGAUCAUGAUGCUUUGGUUCGGUCGGACUUGAUGGAACAGAUUCCGAAUGUGGCGAUUAUCUGCCACGAAGCGCCACAUCUCUUCGGGAAUGUUCUACGCGAUUAUUUGCUCAGUAUUAUAAUAACGUACCUAAACGAUUCAGACAAUCAGGUACGACAAAUGGCUCAAAGCGCACUGAUGACCGUGCUGAAACGGGGCCUUGUUGACAGCAACACAAUCGAGCAUGAAAUUUGUCCUACGAUAGAACAUUUCUCAUACAUAUCGACUGACGAACAUCUCCGGAAUGCGCACAUUUCCCUCAUGUGUAGACUGGCACCGCUGAUCGGUAGCAAACUUGUAGAGAAGCUCUUUCUGAAGAGAUAUUUAGAGCUGUGCGAGGAUAACGAUAUGAUGGUGAGGAGAACGUGCGCUACUCAUUUUGGAGAAAUGUGUAUCGCCGUGGAGAAGGAAACGUUGUUUUGCAAACUAAUUCCCACGUACGUUGAUUUGUGCGGCGACAGAGUGUGGGGCGUGCGAAAAGCGUGCGUCGAAGUCAUGAUGCCGGUCUCUUGCUGUUUGAUGCCUGAACAGCGCCGAUUAUUAUUGGCGGACAUACUGGCUAAGCAUUUAAACGACGACUCCAAGUGGGUGCGAAUAUCGGCCUUUCAGAUACUCGGACCGUUUAUCUCGACUUUCGCUACGCAGUUUGCCGAAGUUACCUACAAUAAACACGGCGAAUUGGUGUACACUGGUAAACAGGAUGGCCAUCUUAGCAUACGUUAUUUGUACGAAACGAUCUUUCCCACAAAGGGCGUGAAGAGUCAAAUAGCCGAUAUGGACGAUAAUACCAAAAGCUCUUUUUAUCUACCUGUGAUGAAUGUAAGGCAUGAUAACGUUCAAGUAUCGGAAUCGUCGGAAAGGACCGAGUGCCAAAAUGAGAACGAUGUGUGGCAUCAACUGCGGCAACGUUAUGUCAAGAUAACAGGAAAGCGUAAACCCUCUUGCCUCGUCAAGAAGGAUGCGGAUGAUACAGAGAAAUACAAUCCAUUUUUAUAUUACUACAUCUCUCCAGAGAUACCGCUGGACGAUGAACUUACUCAUGCCGCGCGGCAGUCGGCGAUGAAUCGUAACAACGCCUUGAAGGCGGCGGAAACGGAAGAUAAUUCGCCUGUCGAGGAUUCCGGAGAUCCCUCACUAGCGAAUUCGAGUGAUGAGAAAGAUCCAAAUACGGAUAAGGAAUCGGACAUGGAGGACCCAAAUAAUCAAAAGGAAGAAAAAGAGGAAGAGGAAGAACAGGAAGAAGAAGGAGAGGAAGACGAUAACGACAAUAAUGACGACGACGGCUUUGACAACAGAUGCUUCACGCUGUCGGACGAUAUUACAGAUUUGUCAGAUGAUAUUAAAGUGUACAGUCAAUAUACCAUAAAGAAACGCGAGAUGUACGACACUAUGUCUCGCAUCGACGAUCUCGCGGACAAGAGUGACGUGAACUCUUGUAACUCUAGUAAAAGUGAUAUCAAGACUAACGGGCAAGACAUUGUACCUCAGGAAUUAAUUAAUUAUUACGUGUCAAUGGCCGACCCGGAGCAAUGCGUGGACAUGGGUGCCGAGAUCCCGCAUCAAUGUGCCUUCAGUUUUCCUGCGGUAACGCUCACGCUCGGCAGAGAAAACUGGCCCUGCCUGAAGAAAGCUUAUCAGUCGUUAUCGAGCGCGAAGCAUUGGAAGGUCCGACGUACACUGGCGUCCAGCAUUCACGAGAUCGCCAUGAUUCUAGGCGAAGAACUCACUGCCACUGACCUCAUGCCGAUCUACGAUGGCUUCAUCAAGGACUUGGACGAGGUCAGAAUAGGUGUGCUCAAGCACCUCGCAACCUUCUUGAAAUUACUCAAGCCCACCGAUCGUUGUCAGUACCUGCCGAGGCUAGGCGAUUUCCUCGCCACGGACAACGAGUGGAACUGGAGGUUCCGGGAGGAGCUGGCUGUGCAAUUGCUCGAGACGGUGACUCUGUUCAGUCCGAGCGACGUGGCGCAAAGUAUCGCACCACUGUCCCUCCAGUUGCUCAUAGACAAGAUUGCCGCCGUUAGAAAUAUCGCGCUCAAACUGAUCACGCAAAUCAUGUGCCACUUGUCACCCGAAGACGCUCUGGUAAUGUCCCUCAUUCACGAGCUCCGAGAAACGUUAGUUCUAAAUAGCAAGAAGUGGAUACACCGGCAGACUUACGCGCUCGUGUGCGCGCAUUUGAUUCGCAACAACGCUAUCGCGGGCAAGAAAUUCUCGAAAGAAAUGUUACCAAGUUUAAUAAGUUUAUCCUGUGACAGAGUACCGAACGUGAGACUAGCCGUAGCGAGAACCUUGGCCACGGACGUGAGCGCAAUGGGUCUGGAUGAUUUGGGCAUGGAAGCGAUGGAGGAAGUGGAGAGAAUACUCAAGAGAAUGCGCGUCGAUGCCGAUCGGGAUGUGCGAGUGUUGGCCGGGGGUGAGGAGCAGAUAGACAUACUGGCGUACUGUUCCUCCGACGAAAAUAACCACGCCGAGCAAGCAAGAAAUAUAUUAUUUUAAUAAUUAUACAUUUUUGAUCUCGACAAGGAUCAGCUGACAAAGUUACUGCAGUUUUAUGAAGGGGGAAAAAAUUGAACUUUACAUUUCUACACACACACACACACACACACAUUACAAGAUGCGUCUCGGUUCUUCCACACGCGUGACUAGUAAAUGAUGAAACCAGGAGUGUGUAACUAGCUACGAACAUGACGCUUCGACCGCAAAUACCGACGUACAGUCUAUCAAGUCUAUCAUGUAGUUACGAUUUCAAACUGGCCGACUAUGUUAAAACAAGGCUCAAAGCUCAAAUGUCACUCGUAGCUCACGAUAUAAGUAGUUGAGUAGUAGGUACGAUACGAUUUACAAUAAUGACGACUGAUGCGUAUUUUGCGUCCUUUAAUCUGGGACAGACUGUAUCAAUGGUCGCAUACCGUGCGAUUACGUGAGACUGUGUGUGUGUGUGUGUGUGUGUGCGCGCGCGCGGGAUAUUUGUGGUGCGACAGAGCGAGUGCAUGCGUGCGUGCGUGAGGUGUGUGCGUUUACCAUUGUGAUCAAUUUGUAUAUGUAACGUCGGUCUCCCCGGAGACGGUAAAACCGAAUGUUAUAAAUAAUUGAAAAUAUUAUAUCGAUUAUAUACGAUUUCUCAAUUCACUCGACUUGUUUCACGGAUGUUCGAUUGUAUAACUAUUCGACGCUAUCGUGUGCCGUUAUUUUGUAGCAUUUUUAUCGUGCACUUAAUAAUCGAAACCGAAUCGACAUGUGACAUCAAAAUGUAAAUUAGAUAGAUCGAGGAGACGCGUUUUGUUUGAUUUCUUAAUAGCGUUUAAUAAUCAUGGAAAUAAGAAAUAACUGGAGGGAGUGUC